AGAAGAGUUGACUCCUAAGUUCUAUUGCCUGACUUGUGCUGCUGUUAAGUAUAAGGAAAUAGGAAUAGAAUUAAAUAACUUUUCCUCUGAAACUAUUUUAGGAUAUGGAGGAAUAGGAAUAUCCGGUUCAAUGGGAAGAAAAGCAAAAUUAACCAUUGGUUACGAUGGACUGGAUCUGCCUUGUCAAGGUUGUUAUGAGUUAGAUCCCCAAAUAACUAAUUACCAAGCUAUUCACUUAAUAGUUUCUGAAAAAAAUAAGGAAGGGGUUUAUCCCAAUCCUUUCUUUUAUUGUGGUGGUUGUGUUUAUUCUGUCUUAGAGGAAAUGAAAAUAGAAGCAUUUAAUAUUGGCUUACCACGGGAAAAAAAUAGGAAGAUUUAUAAAUUAACGA